CAACUUUUAUGCUGUUACAACCAGCUCUCUUCAACUUGAACAAAUUAAACAUACGUUUAUUUCUAGAUCCUUGAUGCUGGAAUCAUAUUCUGAACAGGGAAAAUUAUUAUAGUUGAAAGAAACAGAUUUUUAACUCAUUGAUUUUAAGAUUUUGUAUUGGGGAAGUACUUUUUGAAUUAAAUGACAAAAAUGAAAUUGCACACUAGCCACCUGUAUUUGGAUAGGCAACAGCACAAAAUGAAAGGAAGUUUUGAGGUAUACAGCUUUAGACCUCAAUUGAUUGUAUCUUACUGGCAUUGGAACCAAAAUUUGGUGAUUUUAAUCUGCAAAGGUUCGAGAAGCCAUUCAAAGACAAUUUGUCAGUCUCUGAAAAGCCUAUAUAUGACUUUGAAGCUUGCUGUUAAUAUCUAUAUUUUAUCUUUUACAUUAUGGAUUUGUAUAUUGACUUACCUUUAUCAAUCUCAGUUACGACAUCAAGCUAUACGCCAACACCCCUUCAUCUACAAAAUUAUGCCAUGUUAUGCGAAGAAGGUCGAAGUUGAAGACUACAUGUUUCUGUGUUUGGCUAGGGUUGAAUUGAGUGAUCAGAAUCUCACUCUUCUUGGAAUUCUUGGUAGUUGGUGGGUUUUGCCCCUGUCAUCAUGGCAGGAAGCUUUUUCAAUGUUGAGGAACAGUUUUCUGAUCAGAUGAUCCACAAGGUGAUCUUGUGUUUGUUCCUGCAAAAGAUCGUUAAGAAAUUCAACUGGCAGAUUAUCUAUAGGUUCUUCCUUAGGUAUUCCUAAUACCAUCAGAUAUCAGGUGAACAAAAAAAGAAAACUGAAUUGUUCUGUCAUCUCUCUUGUUCUAGACUCUGUACAACAUUUAUACAAAUGGAAUUGGACUUUUGUCAAUUCCAUGAAAUCUGUAAUUUCCUAAAAAUUAGGAGCUAAUUUAUUCUAUCCUAAAAUACAUUAGGAG